AUGAAGGUCGCUAUCGAAGGGUGCUGCCACGGAGAGCUGGACAAUAUCUACCAAACUAUCGAAGUCGCGAAAAACCAAGCAGGUAUUGAGGCGCCCGACGUGCUGAUCUGCUGUGGAGAUUUUCAAUCGUUUAGGAAUCAUUCAGAUUUGCAAACCUUUGCGGCUCCCGUCAAGUACCGCCAACUGGGAACAUUUUGGCAAUAUUAUAGUGGAGAGAAGGUAGCGCCAAUCUUGACAAUAUUUGUUGGUGGAAACCACGAAGCCUCAGGUUAUUUAUGGGAGCUCUAUCACGGUGGGUGGGUCGCGCCCAACAUCUAUUUCUUAGGUUUCGCGGGCUCUUUGAUUCUUAAAAAAGAAUUGCCGGAUGGAUCGAUCGACUCGAUUCGAAUCAGUGGUGCGAGUGGGAUUUACAAAAGACAUGAUUACACUGCUGGCCAUUAUGAACGUCUUCCCUAUGAUAAGGGAACGAUUCGCUCCAUCUAUCAUGUGCGCGAAUAUGAUAUCUUCCGACUUAGCCAACUGCCGAUUGCAACUUCAAGCGACAUCUUUGUAUCCCAUGAUUGGCCCGUCGGGAUUGAGCAGUAUGGGAACACAGCUCAACUUCUCCGGGCAAAACCUUUUUUCAAGGAUGAGGUUGCUUCGAACACGCUUGGCUCACCCCCGCUCAUGCAGUUACUCAAGACCAUCAAACCCCAUUAUUGGUUUUCAGCUCAUCUCCAUGUCAAAUUCGCCGCCUUGUACCAUCACGGCCAGCGUCCACAAAGUGAUCAUCAAUCCCCUGUAAAAUCAGUAGCACUUAAUCCAGACGAAUUGCCAAUAGACGUUGACGAUGAUGAUGAACAGAAACAUCCAUCCGCCUCCUCCAAGCCGCCCCUCCUGAAUCCAGACAUGAUACAUAUUGAUGACAGUGAUGAAGACGAGCAGAAAAACUCUUCCACAUUGGUCCAACCCCCCGCCCUCAAUCCUGACGCCAUAGAUAUUGCUGACAGUGACGACGAAAACGCACCCGAAUGCAAAUCAUUGGAUCCCCGUGCUCAGUCGAUCCAUUCGCACAUUCACGGGUUUUCUGAGCCCUUUACUUCCAACUCGGAUCUGAAGGAGACAGACGGUCAUGUGAAGCACCAUCAGUCCACCGCGAUCUUCAAAACAGAACCGGUAUCCGCACCCCCGCCCGCCGACAUAGGCCAAGCCCAAAAAGAAACCGCAAGAUCUACCGUAGAAGACCUGCAUCGCCUACAAAAUCUCCCGAUUCAUUCCGCGACAAGAUCUACUCGAUUCCUAGCGCUAGACAAGUGUCUACCCCGAAAGGAUUUUCUUCAGAUUCUUGAUAUACCCCCACCUUCUACAUCUGCGAAAAUCUCAGCACCGUCGUCGCGACAGACAACUGGAGAGUCUAUCAAUGAUUCUCAGGCGGAACCAACAGUACGGAAACCCUAA